GGUUUGGCCCUGGCCGGGGCCCUUCCGGGGCUGAGAGCGCCCUGCGGGCCGGGCCCGAUGCGCCGCGGGGCUCCCGCCGCUCGCCAGCCCGGGCGAGCCUCGCCUUUCCGCUGCUUCGCCUUGCAGACAUGGCCGGCCCGAUCGUCCAGAUGACCCGGAACAACCAGACUCGCGAGGCCGUGCCCUACGUUACCCUCUCGCAGCGUGAGAAGUGUGAGGAAGCAGCCUACGAGGAGCGGCAGUACCCAGCAGGGAAGUGGGCAUCUGUUACCAAGGGGGAGCCCAUGUAUGAGCAGAGCAUCUCCAUGAGCUUCAUGAAGCUCAUGCGCUACAUCUGCAACGAGAACUCUGUAGGUUGCUACCUGGGGAUGACAGUCCCAGUGCUCAAUGAAAUCCACCUGACCAAGGAGGGGACCAAGCUGGAGCGUGAGGUCAUAACUGCCUAUUACCUCCCAGGAGAGUUCCAGCAAAAUCCCCCUGUUCCCAUGGACCCUGAAAUCCACAUCACCGAGAGGGCACCGCUGCGGGUUAUAACCAGGGUUUUCUAUGGGAUGACUACUGAGGAGACAAUUCUACGAGAGAUCAGUCUCUUCUGGGAGCUAUUGGGCUGCACAGACACUGUGCUCCGGGAAACCUACAUUGUGGCUGCUUAUGAAAAUCCCAGCAUCCCUCAGCGCCGCAAUGAGAUCUGGUUCAUCUGCCAAGCAGAGUGAGUCUCCUCUGUGACCACAAACCAUCCUGUGACUGGACCUGGUGUAGAUGGCAGUUCUGACCCAAAGGGGACAAACGCAUAUCCUGAUCCACCAUUCACCCACAAAGUGGCAGACCAAGGAGACUUGCAGCUACAUGGAUGGUGGGGUUUGAAGCGGGAAAGGGCUUGCUGCAAGCAAGAUGUGGAUCCUGAACGUUUCCUGCUAGGGUGGCUCUCUUUGGGCUGUUGGGUGCCUCCCUGGCUGUUACUCACCAUCCCUCAGCCAGGACCAGGGUGCUGGCAGCCUUUGUCCAUCAAUUGUGGGUGCUUUUUUACAGACCUGCUACAAGCUGAGAGGGAUGGGUCCUGACAGCAACAGCAGCACCGCUGUGUGUUGUGUUGUGCAUUAAUCAGUGAGUUUCACAUCCAUGAAUACCGUCACGCUCUCCUGCGGGAAGCUAGCAGUGCCAACAGUAAAUAAAUCCAGCUCAGACCACUGCAGUUGCAGAUGGUGAUGAUGGGGGGUGCCCAGGUUGGCUUGGGAAGAGCCUUGCUCUCUUCUCACAAUGCUUCAGAAGCCACCGGAGGACUGGUCUGUGGCUACUGGCAAAGCUGCAGUGCCACGUGCCCUGCUGGGGCAGCUCCAUGGUUGCCCAGGCCUUUCUGGAUGUGGUAGCGGUAGGGGCUUCUUGUGCAGCUCCAGGCCGGCACCACCAUGCAGGGCAGCAGGCAUGCUGUGAUCCUGUGAUCCACAGGCUUUGCUGAGUCAAGGCUUCAGCAUCCUCUGAGAUGGAUCCAGCAGCACUCUCGGGGAUGCUACAGGGUGUCUGAUGGUGAGCCUUUAAUGCAGCAGUACCAAAAGCAGCCAGCAUUUAGGAGGCUCAAUGAGCCAGCUAGAAAGCUGGUGUUAAGAGCUGCAACUGCCGAGGCCGGUGUGACAGAGCUGCAGUAGGCUCCACAGGAGGCAUUUGGGUGGGUAGGGAGACUGCUCCCAUAAAUCCAGUCUCAGCAGAACCCUCUAGAACUUAGUUUGAAGUUUCAGAAGGCAGCUCUGGAUGCAUGGGGGAUCACACCACCUAACAUGCAUGCUGAAAGACAAAGGCGCGCUUAUUAUAUACAAUAAAAGAAAUAAAUAUUCAUGUAAUAUCCAAGAAGUACUUGCCUGUUUCUGGGGAGUCUAGCGCAUAUGUUGCACAUUGUGCAAGUGUACUAAAAUCUGGGAAAGGGUCUCUGAGGGGCUUCCAUGGGGGUUUUCAGUGGUCUGUGGUGGUCUCUAGUGGCUGUUGAAGAGGUGUCUCUUAGUGUCCUUCCCCUGAACUCGUGAGUCUUUUUUUCACACAAGGU